GUUGGCAAAGUCAGCAAAAAAAGAGUUUGGAGUUGGAGAUGUUUAACUGCUCACCAACUUGCUUAUGAGGAACAAUAUAUGUACUUUGAAUUGAUCAAGAAUGCAAGUCAUUCUCACAGUUGAAGUUAGGUCAUCUAAUAAUAGGAAAUCCUCAAACACAUAAAUCUAUAAAAUGAAAUCCCCCUCUUAUGUUUUAUCUCAUCUUACAUUACAUUCUCAUUCUCCAUUGAAAUGGGAAAGCUGCUUCCAGUUCUUGUUUUUGGUCUUGCUGUCCUUGGAUUUGCAUUGACAUGCUCUGCUACAACUUACACAGUGGGGGACACCUCUGGCUGGGACAUAAGCACUGACCUCAGUACAUGGUCCAACGACAAAAAAUUUAACGUUGGCGAUAUUCUCUGGUUCCAAUACUCAUCAUCUAAUAGUGUUAGUCAAGUGAGCAAAAAAAGCUUUGACAGUUGCAACACAACCAAUGUUGUGAAAUCAUAUACAGGGGGAAACACAACGGUCACAUUGACACAUCCUGGUGACUGGUAUUUUGUGAGUGGUAACAAGCUAUACUGCUUGGGAGGGAUGAAGCUCCAUGUAGAAGUAGAAAACAACCAAGCUUAUGCGCCGGCUGGCGCACCACAGGCAGCAACUGGUUCCGGCCAAGGGGAUCAUCUUCCACAACCUACUUCUAAGAGCAACAUUCCUACUUCAAGUGCAUUCAUCAACUGUGGACCUAAUGUCUUUCUGUUGGCUAUCUUAGGUCUUAUAGCUUCCAUGCUAUAUAUGGAUGUUAAAAUGUGAGUCCUUGUAUGAAUAUAUAUAGCAGCUGCAGCUAUAUAGCCUGCAGUUUUUGAAAUAACAAAAAUUUCCAAAUCUCUUUAGUUUUUCUGUGCUAAUUUAGUAUAUGAUUGUAUUAAAUCAGGAAAGAAAGAAUCUUUGAUGAACAAUAGAUAUAAACUUUGUUUU